CGGCCGUGCGGAGAAUAUACAUAUCAAAAAAAUGUUGAUUCCAUUGAAAAAACUCAUUAUAAUUUAUUUAAUAUUAAGCGUCCUUUUGACCAGUGUCCAGUCUGGAGAUAUCCCAAACUGUAACUAUUUUGAUACGGUUAAAUUAGAGGACAGUCAAAAGUUAGCAAAUGGAUCGUAUAAGUACCAAGAUAUCAUAGUUCCCGCAGAACUUACAGGGGAUUAUGACUAUGAAAUAAAUUACGAUGGGGAAAGGGAAUCGGUUCCCAAUCACACCCGAGGCUGUGUGUGCAAGUUAAAGAGUUGCAUCCGGUUUUGCUGUCAUCCCAAAAAGCUAAUGGAUGGCACUAAGUGCUCCGAAGAAGUUGAUGAGGAUCUCACCUAUGAUUACACCCUGGACGUAACGCAAAUCAAUGGAUCAGUGAUAAGGAAACACAUUUUAAGUGACAUGGUAGUGCAGCAAGAUCUUCCCCUUCCUUGCGAGAAACAUUACUCUCUGGAUGCCGAGGUGUUCAAGGAAGAUAUGUGGUCGCUAUAUGAGAAUGGCUCGUUAUUUCGUCACUUCGAUGCGCGACAUUUAUCGAAGCAGGAAUUUUGCUUGCAGCCUCAGUUGACGAGCACCGGAAACAACUACAGCCUUAUUGUCGCCUUUAACUGCAUUGAGAAGCGAUCUAUGACAUUGGCAUAUGGUAGGUUUAUAAAUGUAUAUGAUUCUGUCUUAUCAAAAAUCAGCAUUCCAGUGAAGGCAAGCUCCACCUUCUUCAUGGCCAUAACUAUUGCGGCCUACCUGUUGCUACCAAAGUUCCAGUCUCUUCAUGGCAAGUGCUGCAAUCUCUACUUCACCUGCCUGGCAUUGACCUUUCUUCUAAAUAUCAUUAGCAUGUUUGAGAUAUUUAGUCCUGGCACUCUCAUCUGUUACCUUACAGGUUACGCUGGCUACUUUACAGUGAUGGCAACUUUUCUGUGGCUUUCAGCCAUCAGUUUUGAUGUCUGGAGGAGAUUCUACACACAAAGAUUCCAUAGUUUCUACAAGAACAACAGGAGCAGUUUCUUCAAUUACAACGUUGUUGUUUGGAGCUCUGCUGGGUUUUUAACCACCUUAAUUUUUCUGUUGGAUUCAUUUUUAAACACAGAACUGUAUAAUCCCUACACUCCGGCUGUGGGAUUAUUUUCAUGCUGGAUAUGCAGCGAAAGAUGGUCAGCAAUGCUUUAUUUGUAUGCCCCGUUGGCGAUUUUGAUAGUUCUGAACGGUGCGAUGUUCUUCCUAACAACCCGGUACAUUUAUGUGGAGAACAGAAACAACCAGAAAGUGCUGAACAAGUGCGAACAGCAAAGAGAGUCAAGGAACCAAGCGAACUAUCGCAUAUAUCUGCGCCUGUUUAUCAUAAUGGGAGGAAGUUGGUUUCUCGAAAUCAUUGCCUUUGUGUGCGAAAUGGAGAAUGCUCUGCAGCCCUUAGUCGCCUUAAACGAUUAUAUAAACUGCAGUCAGGGAAUGAUAAUAUUUGUGGCCACAUUCUGCAAUCAGGAAAUGCUCAAGUCAAUACGCAAGCGCAUCCAGAAUAGGGAAGGUACUGCCACUGAUUUUACUACCAACAGUCGUCCCCAAGAAUUUGAGAAAUCAGCUGAUGCGGAAUUAGUUAAAUAAACUACAUUAGGUUACUGCGAUGUCUUAUAUUUGCCAUAACAAUAUCAUGAAAUAUAUGUUAAGUGUUUAAUUUUA